AUGGACGCUGAUUGUUCCGCCUCUAACAUACUACAGACUCCUACAGAACUCCAGUCAGCUUACCAAACAACUAUGGACGUAUACUCAUCCAGCUGUGCCCCAGUUCGAAACUCAUUGUCUUGUUCAACUUAUUUUAACAGAUUAACCUCAACUACCGAAUCCCAUAGAAGUGCAACAUUCACCAGUCAAAGCAUGUCUCCAGGCAGUGGUACAUUCAGUUUUUCGAAUCAACAAAGUGCAAUCAAUUCAUCGAACUCCAUCCAAGUACAAAACUGUAGUCCCCUACAAAAUUCAAAUAGAAUUGAAGUUUUUAUUCAACCGAGAGCGCAACAGCGUUUAUACUAUGAAUCAGAAUAUGAAAGUGGAACCUUUCGCUUCAUUCAAGGAGUUCAAAGAGAGCAAAACGGAAAGAAAUAUGAAUAUCCAGCUAUUAGAGUACUAUUGGAAUAUUGCGAUAUCAUUCCGUCCUUUUAUAUCCGUGUUACAUUGACUACAAUUCAACAGGGACAUGGAAGGCGUUAUAUCCAUCCUAAUCUUUUCAUAACACCAGAUGAAGUGGAAGAUCUAGAAGUUCUUCGUAACGAUAAAAGUCUAUUUUAUCCAAUCAAGAAAGAAAGAGUAGAUACUGAUAGGAUUAUGGAGUUUCAGCGUCUCAUGAUGAUUACAAACAAACUUAAUAAGCUGAAAGAGUACACAUCUUUAGUUUCAUUUGAGACAAAUGAAGAAUGUCCGAUCACCGUGCAACGCCCGAAGGACACAAUUAACGAGUAUCAGUUACACAAGUCACAGUUAGCCUUCAGUCUCGGUCAAUUUAUAGACGCAAAUCAUUUUUAUUCCAUUCAAACAAUAUUCUCGGACGUUAUGGAAGAAACAAAAGACGGACCAUCAAAAGAUAUUCGAUAUCCUGUAAAAAGCACUGCUGCAUCUAAAUUGUACGAUAACUUUACUCAAGACGGUGCAAUCGACUCAAAAAAAUGGGAAUUUGUAGACAACACUGGAAUAGAUGUGUGGGGUAUACAUACACAGCAAUACUAUACAUCUAAUGUUCUCACCAAUGCACGCUGUCAGAACAAUCAUCUAGUCAUUGAGGCACGAAAUAACACCAACGAAGGUCCUGAAUUUACAUCCGCCCGAUUGAGAUGCAAACGAGCAUUUUUAUAUGGUCGACUGGAGAUUCGCGCUAGAUUGCCGGAUGCAAAAGGAACCUGGUCUUCAUUUGUUCUAGUUCCCGCUGAACGUACGUAUGGUAAUGCAAUGUGGCCAGAUAACGGGCAAAUUAACUUCGUGUCACACGUUGGACGCGAGCCAACAACAAUUAGAUCGUCAGUUUUUAUUCAGUCGAAUAAUCCACGGCUAGGUGGCAUUCCCUUCUAUACAGCUGACGUUCCUGAUGCAACUAAAAGCUUUAAAACUUAUACACUGAUAUGGUCAUCCGAUGAAAUCGAAAUGUUUGUUCGCAUGGAGGACACAGAUAGGGACGAUCGACGGAUUUUUCUAUGGGAAAAAAAUGACAGAGAUUGGACGUUUUGGCCGUUUGACAAGCCAUUUCAUCUGGAAAUCGCUCUAGAUAUUGGCGGAGACGUAGCUGGUAAUCAGAUAGACAACCAUCUAUUUCCUCAACGACUUGAAAUCGACUAUAUUCGUUACGAGAAAACACAUUAG